CCCUGAGGUGCGGGCACUUGGCUGGGAGCCAAGUCCAACCUGGGACAUUUUUGGAGGUUCCACCGAGAUAACCAGGAGGUUGUUUUGGUAACAAUUUCUGGGCAGGUGGCCAAGUUCUGCCAAACAUUGACUUUGUUUGGGAACAGUACCGGGAUCGCAGCCAAGAGGGAUUUGUUUAUAUAAAUAUACCUCUUGUAUAAGAACAUUGAGGACAACUAUAUAAAUAAUAGCCACUUUCUUAAUUUUUAAUGUACUUUUGGCAGCUUUUGCACCUGUUUUAGGUUACUACAUGUGGGACAAUCCAAAUCCAACAGUGUUCAAUUGGCGAGACAUCUGGGAAAGGUAUUCUUCCUAUCUUGAUGUUAAACGCUGGAUCCUAGAAAUUCCCAAACUGACUGUUGCCUCCAAUGAUUAUCUAAAUUGUGUAGCAACAAUUUGGUUUAUGAUGAAUGUGAUGAACAUGCUAUUUAAAAUUGGAAGGAUUGUGUUACACUGGUUCCCUUGUUGUAGGAAAGGCCGUACCUCAAAGGGGUUAGCUGGAGCUUUGGAAAGGGGCUUGAAAAGGGCAGUUCCUGGUUGGAAAGGAGCAUGGGAAGAGUUUGGUAAAUGGAUCGGGCGCUUGGCACCUCCCAUUACUUGGGACUUCACGGCAGCACAGGCCUUUGAUCCUAAUGAGAUAACCCAUCGUUUAAUGGAAGGUUGUCUUACAUAUAAGGAUCCAAAUACCCAAAUCUCUGCUCUAUGCUGGGGCCUGGCUAGUGCUUAUCGAGCCGCUGUAGAUCAUGUUCAGAAGGCUAAGGCGGAGACAGGGACACAAACUAUGCCAGUCAGAAUGGAGUCCACCAAGACCAGAGUCCAGAUGCCACUUGAAGCCAGCACAGCUUGGACCAAACCUGCUGACACUGGAGUUCCAAUUAUGGACUUUAUUAACAUGGGAACUCCAGCCACUUCUAUGACCAAGACUGGGGCCCACACCAAAGAUCCUGAAAUCACUAUUGCCCCCAUAACAAAAAAGAAGAUGUGGAUAAGGGAUGAUGCAGGGUCCACAAGCCUAGCCCCACGACUGAGGCGUGUAACUGAAGAAGAAGAAGAACUAGCUGUGAGAGAAGGAGCACGUCCCAAGGAAUUAGGGGCACGUCCAAAAGAGAGGGUGACGCGUCCGAAGGAAGAAGGGGCAGCAGCUCAGAUGCCUGAUGGAACACAAAAGCCAAGGAGAGUGUUGACACCUGAAUACACUCUUCUUGACUGUUCCACAGAAGAGAUGGAGGACUAUCUGAAAUCCUCAUCCCAGGGUCCAGAGGACUACUCGUUACCUCCACCCGCGAGAAGCCCAUCCAGGCACCGUGCUCGGUCCCCAUCUCCACAAGCCAGAAAACCAUCCCUGCAGCAGACACAGCCCCCGCCUCAACCUCCACAACACAGAAGCCCAUCCCCGAGGCAUGUUCCGUUUCCACCUCCACGUGAGAGAGGCAGAGUGGAAACAGUUCCACACAGAUACAUCAAAAGAGAAGUGGAAAUGGAUAGGAGGGAUGUCCAUCCAGAAGCGGGAGUCGUGAGAACAUCGGAAGUAUUACGAUCAUUGACCCCAGCAGAGCUCCGGGAUUUGAGAAAAGAUUAUAGUCGCCGGCCUGGUGAGCGGAUUCUAACCUGGCUGGUAAGAUGUUGGGAUAAUGGAGCUAGAAGCCACAUGCUGGAAGGUCACGAAGCACAGCAGUUGGGAUCCCUGGCUCGAGACCGUGAGAUUGAACAAGGAAUUGCACGAGAACCAUAUAGUCAUAGUCUCUGGCUUAGGAUCCUUAAUGCUGUGAGAGAGAGAUAUCCAUUUAAAGAGUACUUAACAAGUUCUCCAGGAAAAUGGACAACUGCAGAAGAAGGUAUUCAAUAUCUACGGGAACUGGCCAUGCUUGAACUCAUCUUUAGUAAUCCGGACUAUUAUGAUAUCUUAGACCCUGCGAGUCUCCCAUGUACCAAUCCAAUGUGGAGAAAAGUAAUUAAAGGUGCCCCUGCUCAAUACAUCAACUGCCUAAUUUCAGCAUUCCAUCCAAAGUUAGAUGAACCAGAUGUAGAAACAAUGUGUCAAUGGAUACAGAGCAUAGUGGAAAAUUUCGAAGAUCUGUCUGAUGUCCGACGUAAACCCAUCCGCUCUAAGGGAAGAAUGGAAGGAGAUUAUGAAUAUUCCAAUUAUGAGGAUGACUACGAAGACAGAGAUGACAGAGUUUCCCAAGACUACAGAGACACACAAAUCUCGGUCAACAACUCCUCCCCCUACACACAGAAGGAAGGACCCUAA